UGCAGUUACGUUACCAAGCAACCAUGCAUACAGUGAAUAAACAUGACAAAUUCUCAACAGCAAAAUUCACGAAAUGUAAAACAUAGAAAUCUGACUGAUAUUUAUUUUACCGUCAUUGUUUAAGAAACUCCUACAAUGUCAUUAUACUUCGACACUCGGGUACAAAGUGUAGAAGCUGCCUCAAUUUGCACACACGUCGCUUGGCAUAACGAAUUUCCAUUAUUGGCGGUUGCGGCAUACUCACAAGACAAAGGAGGUUUUGCAACAGUCUAUGAUGACCAUGGGGAGCCUCUUCGUGAUGUGGAAUCUCCAGGCCACUCUGUUGCUCGUGUUACAGCUUUAGAUUGGCACCCAGAGAGGCGAUGGCUCGCCGUGGGUUGGGAAAGCGGAGAGCUAAGGGUGUGGCCUGGCGAUACCGGGACCGGAGAAUUUGGCAUUGUAGUAACACCGCACAGAGAUCCGAUUUCCGUGCUUCAAUGGAGUCAGUAUGGAGGUCGAUUAGUAUCGGCUGACACCGCUGGCUCAGUAGUUGGUUGGAAAAUCGACUCGAGAGGGCAGCUUCUUGUGGUUUUCCACCAUGAACUAAAUGAUUCCUUCACGCGUAUUGCGUUUAAACUCUCUUCUCCUAAACCUGGUGUGGAUAUUAGUGGUUUAGCAAAGGCUGCCGUUGCUGGCGAUGAGAGAGCUUUGGAUCUGUUUAGCUCGUGGCGUCCACGAACUGCGGCGCCCACUGCGGUUGCUGUACGACGCGAUAAUUUUGCUUUUUACAUCGCUACGGUCAGUGGAUCAAUUUACUUUGUCGAUUCCCAAGGACAGUGCAUCGAAGUUCUCAACACCGAAGGCGCAUCAGUUCGCUCGUUACUCUACCACUGUCACCGAGAUUCCCUUGUCGUAAUGACAGAAGGUCCAAAUAUCGGUCACUUCCAGAUAGACCCUACGACCGGCCGACUCACCGAACUAACCAAAGUUAAGCUCAGCAGUGGAAGAAUCGACAGUGCUCGCUCUGGACAAGCUAUCUGUUGGGCCGGUCCAAACACUUUGGCAUUAUUGACGGGAGAACUCUCCAUCAGGUGCUGGGACCUGCACACCGGAGAUACUUACAUACUUUCUCCUUCGGAGCCCACCCUGGCCAAUGCAGCCACACCACAGGAGAUCUCUACGAGUCUCUCCUUUUGCAGGAGUAAUGGGACUUUGGCAGCCGGUACUAAUUUGGGCAGGAUAUAUCUGUGGAGACGACGAAACGUACCAACCGCAGAUGAGAAUGGCUGGCCAACUGUGCCGGAGUCAUGCACUGUGCAUGGGACUGUCAAACACCUAACAUGGGGAGCCCAUUCUUUAAGAAAUCCGUUAUUGGCAGUGAAUUGUAUCACGAAUGUUUUUAUUUUACAUCAACAGCCAAUGUGUGCCGCAUACCAUGAUGGGGUUUGUGCCAGUCAGUCAGCUCCGAGUCGAAUACUGAUCGAAGUAGAUCAGCGAAGCUGCACUCUGGAGACCGAUCUUCAAGUACAACUUGUGGCGGUGAAUAGAGAUUACGUAGCAGUUUCUUCCAGUAGGAAAGUUGCGGUGUAUAGAAACUCUUUACUAACCUUUGAUCAUCUCGGCACCUUUGACUGCGACACCGAGAAAAUCCUCCUCUUCGAGAGCACCGUCAUUCUGCUCACACCAAAUCUUGUACAGUUACGCUCCGUUGAGGGAACUAUUAUCCAGACUUUACCUAUGACUCCGGAGGAGGGAGAGCCCAUCAACAUGGAGUUAACAGGGCCUUACUUGACGGUGUCCUCCUUGAAUGGCGUCUUAAAAAUCUGGAACCUGAGCAAGAGGGAAGCGAAGCUUUAUACCAGACCGAUGCCUGCGUACAAAGCCAUUGCAGACUUUGCCGAAAUCAUAGAAGCCAGGUGCAACUCCGACUGUCGAUGUGUGUCGGUGACGGUUGCCAUGGCCAACCUGAUGCCAAGCUCUAUCCUUUAUCUCUGGGAUAUCGAAAGCGAUCGGAUCCAUGAGUUCGACUUUGCUCGGAGUGCGACCGAUGACAUCGAAGAUAUCGAUGAGGAUCGGCAUCGUGCUCUAACUGCAGGGUGCAAAGGUCGGCUAGUGACAGCUCACUGUUGGGAUACCGAUGAUCCUAGACUGUUGGUCUGUCGGGCUCAAAAAUUAGAAACAAGGGAUUCCAAAGCCAAUUCCAGGCUCCGAUCGAAUGAAAGCAAGGAAGAGAUCGCAGGAGUGGUUCUGGUGACGAUGUUUGCCACACCCGACCACGGCAUCGUAGUCCACGAUGCAAGGCCUGUCGGAGACGACAGCUGCAGGCUCCUCGGAGUGCACUCACCAGAGAUCAUUAUUUUGAACUCCGAGACGUCUUUAGGCAGCGAGAGUAAAAUCACCAGACUGGUCAUGAGGGACUUUGAGGACUUAGGAACCUGUGACGCGACCACGAAGAAGGCUAUCUUGAACUUUAGUUUUCACGUGAGUAUCGCCAACACCGACGAAGCAUUCAAAGCCAUCAAAACUAUCCGAAACGAAGCCAUCUGGAAAAACUUGGCCAAAAUGUGCGUCAAGACGAAACAGCUGGACAUGGCAAUGCUCUGUUUGGGCCACAUGAAGCACGCCAGAGGUGCGAGGGCUCUCAGAGAAGCUAUGCAGGAUGCAAACCUUAGUUUAGAGGCUAAAACUGGAAUCCUGGCUGUUGAGCUCGAUCUUUGCAACGACGCGGAAAGACUUUUCCGAGAGGCAAAGAGAUUAGACCUAGUGGGUUCUCUGUUAGAAGCCCAGGGAAAGUUUAAGGAAGCCAUCGAGUUGGCUUCUUCGGAGAACAAAAUACGAGAGAAGGCAAGUUACUAUAAUUACGCAAAAGCUCUCGAGCAGGAAGGAAAGAUAUCGGAGGCCAUCGAUAUGUACACCAAGGCGGACUGUCAUCGGUUCGAAGUGCCCAGGAUGCUGCUUACGAGACCGAGGGAACUUCAAGCUUAUCUGACAGAAACAAACGAUCCGGAGAUAAAGAACUGGCACGGCCAAUACAUCGAAUCCACGGGGGAUAUGGAGGCGGCCCUGCGUCUCUACGAGUUUGCCAAGGACACUCUGGCAAUGACCAGACUCCUGUGUUUUCUGCGUCGCGAGGACGAGGUCUGCGAACUCGUAACAAGGACUGGUCAUGCUGCCUCGGCUUACCACCUGGCUGCACACUACGAGUCGCGGAACAACGUAACUCAGGCGGUUCACUUUUACACCGUGGCAAAGGCGUAUACCAAUGCAAUACGGGUUUGCAAGGAGAAUAACAUGUCGGAGGAGCUGUGGCCCUUGGCUUCUCUGGCCCCCAGACAGGCCAGAAUCGAUGCCGCGAAGUAUUACGAAGAGGUUGGUCAGCCCGAUAAGGCUGCAUUGCUGUAUCACAAGGCAGGUCUACUACGCAAAGCCCUAGACCUAGCUUUCAAAACUCGCCAGUACAACGCACUCCAGCUGAUGACCAUGGAUGUCAAUGCGGACUCGGAUCCAGCAUUGAUCCAAAGGUGUGCGGAGUACUUUGUGGAGAACGAUCAAAUCGAGAAGGCAGUGGACUUGCUGGCUAUGGGUAGAAAGUACAUCGAAGCACUGGAUUUGAUUCAACAACACGGAAUAGCUCUGACGGAGGACCUUGCAGAGAAAGUGACGCCAGAGAAAGUAGAAAACGACCCCGAAAGGGAACGACCGAGGACCCUCAUCCUGGAGAGAAUCGGAGAGACAGCCUUCGAGCAAGGCAACUACCAUCUCGCCACAAAGAAAUUCACCCAGGCUGGGAACAAGCUCAGGGCAAUGAAGGCCCUUCUUAAAUCCGGUGACACCGAGAAGAUCUGCUUCUUUGCCCAGGUGUCAAGACAGCGGGAGAUCUACAUCAUGGCUGGAAAUUACUUGCAGUCCCUCGACUGGCAGAACCAGCCCGAAGUCCUGAAGAACAUCAUCAAUUUUUAUUCAAAAGGCAAGGCGAUGGACCUCCUGGCCAACUUCUACGUGGCCUGUGCCCAGGUGGAAAUCGACGAGUUCCAGAAUUACGAGAAGGCCCUCGAUGCACUUAACCAGGCUGGUCGCUGCCUUGCCAAAGUGACUUCUCCGAAUGACCCAGAGGUCCAUGACAGGGCAGUACGUGUAGUCAAUACGAGGACGACUGCGGUUAAAAGAUAUCUCGACAUUAAAAAGUUGUUUGACAGAGGCGAUACGGAGGCUGCCUCGAUCCAGGUUGGACAGUUACUCGAAAUAUACGGUCCUGACCUGGAGCAGUCUGUACGUCGUGGUGAUCUGUUCGCUACCAUGACUCAACAUUAUGCUAGUCUCGGUGAAGAUGACAAAGCGAGGGCUACGAUAGAAGAGCUUAAACGCAUAGUACCAGGAAUUAAUUUGAGCUACUAUUACAAUGUUAACUUGUUAGAAUCGCUAGGAUAUAAAAUAAACGUACAACGGCAGGAAAGUUCUGAUAAGGAUGACGGGAUCGAAGAACUUCUCGGAGAAUGAAUCGACUGCUUUCGUUUUUCUACCGUUAAGCAUACCAGUGAAAUUCUAUCGUAGACUAGAAUUUUAUAAACCGCUUCCUCUGCGAACAGUAAGAAUAAGUAAUACCCCUUUACCGGUAUAUUAUUUAUUAUUAUUAUUAUUAUUUUUAACAAAUAGAAUCUUCCUUGUAACCGGGAGACCAUCUUGAAAUAGACAGCGUAAAAAA